AUGUGUUUUCACUCGAAUAAUGAGGAGCAUAACGAUAAGGACAUUGCUUGCUUGCAUUCAGAUCAUAUAUCCGAGGAUAGAAUUUCUGACUCCAAAGUUAUUAAUUGGAUUUCAAGCGUACCAGAAAGUAGUUCGGCUUUAAAAGCACAAGAUGCGGAUUCUCAGCUUUCUAACGAAAGUUGGUUAUCAAUAAUAUUUUCUCCAGCAGUAAAACAUUUGAUUGCCGGUGGAGUAGCAGGUGCAGUAAGCAGAACUGUAGUAAGUCCUUUGGAGAGAAUGAAAAUUUUAUUUCAGGUACAAGGACCAGAGCCAGCUUCAUAUCGUGGAAUAAUACCCACAAUCGCAAAAAUAUGGCGAGAAGAAGGGUGGGUUGGCAUGUUGAGAGGUAACGGGACAAAUGUGAUAAGAAUUGUGCCAUAUAGUGCGACUCAAUUUGCGUCAUAUGAAAAAUAUAAAAGGCUUCUUUUGGAAGAAGGAAAAAGUGAACUUGAUGCACCAAGACGUCUUACUGCAGGUGCAUUGGCUGGAAUAACGUCUGUCUCAUGUACAUAUCCACUUGAUAUAGUACGCACAAGACUUUCAGUACAAUCUGCAAGCCUGUCCAUUAAAGAAGUUGAUAAUAAAUUACCAGGUAUCUGGAAAACAAUGAAAAUUAUUUAUCAUACGGAGGGUGGUAUUGUAGCAUUAUAUCGUGGAUUAUCACCAACUCUGAUGGGCGUAGCUCCAUAUGUAGCGCUGAAUUUUCAUUCCUAUGAGGUGUUACGCAAAUAUUUCACUCCGAAAGGUCAAACUUCCCCGCCAGUUGCACAGAAACUUUUGUGUGGUGCUCUUGCGGGGACAUUUGCUCAAACGAUAACGUACCCUUUGGACGUACUACGACGAAGAAUGCAGGUAACAGGGAUGCCGGGUGUCGCGUAUAAAUAUACCAGUACGUGGGAUGCAUUAGAAAAGUUGAUUGCUCAGGAAGGCAUUAAAGGAUUGUAUAAAGGAAUGGUUCCUAAUUAUUUAAAAGUUGCUCCUGCAAUUGGCGUGAGUUUUGUAACUUAUGAGGCGUGUAAGGAGAUACUGGAUGAUGGGUAA